CGUGCGCUACGAACUACGAAACAUCUCCGCGCGUAGUACGGAGGGUGGUUGUACGGAGUUUCAGUGGUGUUAAAGUAGUUAUGGAUAUAUUCAAGAUCUCUAUUAGGAUUUACGUGAUUAUUUUGACCACAAAGGGGCUGUUAUGCCUUCGUAACGUCCACGUAGUGGUCCCAGAGGCAGUCGAACGCGGUUCCAAGGUGGAGAUGCGGUGCCUCUACGACUUGGAGAAGGAGGAGCUGUAUUCCGUGAAAUGGUACCGGGGGGACCGGGAGUUCUACAGAUACUCGCCCCGGGACGUCCCGCCGCUCAGAAUAUUUGGCAUCCCCGGCAUUGAAGUUGAUAUAACAGAAACCGAUGGAGAACGCCUGACGAUCAUCCCAGCAUCUCCUCAAGUGGCGGAGGGCCAGUAUACUUGCGAGGUGUCGGCCGACGCGCCCUCCUUCCUCACGGCACAAGUGCACACACACAUGUACGUCGUCGAUCUGCCAAAGAAUGGUCCAUCGAUGCACGGGCUCAAGAGGCGGUACAAGCCAGGCAUGAAGCUGAAGGUGGAAUGUAUCAGCAGGGACUCCAUGCCAGCCGCCAAUCUCUCCUUCUUUAUCAACAGUGAACCGGCACACUCACAACACGUGCUGCACAGAGUGGACGGCAAGACGCCGGGCGGACUCAUGACCGCCUACAGCACCAUCCAGUUUAUAGUCCAGAAACACCACUUCAUUCGAGGGAAAAUUAAGAUACGGUGCACGGCGAACAUGUACACCAUAUACCUUCAGAGCCUCGAGAAGAGCGCGGAGGAGGAACGGGUGCCCACCACGCCCACCAGCCCGCCCGAAGUGCACGAAGCCAUCGUCUACUCCAUACACCGCCUGCCCGAGAGCAAUUCCGGGCCCGUUUCAUCUCCAUCCACAAUCUUCAGGAUGCUAUUAAUCGUAACUUCAUUUCUUCCGACUGUGUUUAGAUAACUCAUUAAUGUAAUUAUGUAGCUACAAUAAAUUAAUGUAAAGCAUUUUCUACGUGGUGAAGUGGAAUCGAAAACAUCUGAUUAAUGUUAGCAAUGAACAUUCCUUAUGCGGGUCAUCUUAAGCCUCUGGCAAACACCGGGCUAACGUUAUAUUUGACAAAGGCGAUCGUGUGUUCAAAAUUUUAUUUAUUAUUACGUGUAUUUUUGAAAUAUUUGAACUCAAAAUUACAUUCGGCCUUGCACAAGUCAGCUACAAAUUCCUAAAAAAUACUAAUUUUGAAUUCCUUCCGGGAACUCAAUCGAGAAACGACAUCAAAAGAACGGAUUAAUUUUAUUACCAUUUUGAUACACGUUCCGUUCCACGAAGUCUUUUGAUUAAAAACCGGUAAUGGAUCACAAUUUAUGAGAAAUUGAGUUCCGUUAUUUGUUUUUUUUUUCUGCAUUAAAAUGUAAAAGAGUUUAAAAAUAAAUGUUUUGAAGAUAAAACCUGCUUUCUAUUGAAAGGUAAAUAUAAAUGUAUAACAUUAGGUUUAAUAUAGGUUCUCAAUUAUUUUAAGGUUUGAAUGUACAAUUUAAUCGUGUCGGAUGUAAAAUUUGAGUGCUUUUCUAAGAUAUAGUGGUUUUAAAAAAAACGAUGCGCUUAGCUCACUCUACGCACUCUACUACGAGUAGGUACGCCCGCUGUGUGCCAGAUACUUUAUUGAUAAUAAUCCAAGUGCUUUUUAAUUGCAAUUUCUAAUCUCACGAACACUAUCUACUUCGGUGAUUUCGAUUCCACCCGGUGUAUCUAUUUAUCAAAAAAUAUAUCAACCCGCAAAGUGGGCACUUCUUUCUGAACACUGAAUACUAAAACGAUUUUAUAUUAUUGUCAUGUUGUAGAUUAAGUUGUCUAGUUUGUAACUGGACGUUAAAAUAAAAAAUUAAAUUGAUAUAAGUGAUGAAUCUGAGAGUGUUUAUGUAAAUAAAAUCAUUAAAUUUUAAAUAGUUGUUUACUAUAAGUAGCUCGACCAAAUGUUGUUGACCCUUCGUUGAUCUCAUGAGUAAACAAAUAAUAUUAAGAGGUCUUCAAAAUGUUUGGUACCUAGAUAAAGAUAUUCCACUUAAAAAGAACCAAGUUUAAAUGAUUAGCCAAAAUUGUAAAUUACAAGCUUAAGAUAUUGCAAACCACCUCUGGUGGUGCACUGACCCGCGACGUUGUAGUUGCGGGUUCGAUACCCGCCGAGGGCAAAUGUUAGAUGGAAUUCUUGAAUUAUGUGUUAUUAUUUCAUGGACACUACUAUUUUUUGACGGUCUUCUUCAAAACUUACUCGUAUUAUGACUACAUAAAUCGUCUGAUCCUUUAGUAGUUUACAAUACCUAUUUUAAAGCCACGUUUAGAUCUGUAGUAGAACUUCCAGAUCCAAGACAGACUUUAAACCAACCAUUACUUAGUUGUAAAGGAACUACCAUUUCGAACUCUCUUAAACUAUUCGUUUGUUUCCUUUAAGUCUAAGUAUUUAUUAUAUUUAUAAACAAAAACGUUUUCCAUUUUGACUGUUUUAGGACCUCUCCAGUUUCAACUGCACAGUGAAGGCCUUCCACAACCCCAAAUACCUAGUUCAAUGCCCAAACUUUCCCCUCCUUCCUCAAUAUAGGUAAUAAUAAUAUUAGCUAUGAUAGUCAGUGGUGUAAUGGACUAUAAAUUGAAUAUAACGAAGUAUUCAUAAGCUAAUAUUGCCUUGUAUAUUAUUAUAAACAAACAAAAUGUAUCAGCAAUGUACAUUUCGUAUUAUCUAUGUGUUUAAUGUUAUAUUCUCCUGUAUUUGUUAAAAGCUAUUAUACUAAUUUAUUAAUACUACUUACCGAAAUCUCAA